UCCCCGGCGGGCGCCGCGGGAAGGCGAGGGGCGCGGGCGGCGGCGGCCGGGCUGUGCAACUUUGCAGCGGGCAACACCCUCCCUCGGGUCCCCCAGCCCCCGGCCCCCUUUGUGCCUGGAGUCCCGGCUGCCCCCGGCUGCAACCCCGCUGCCGAAAGGGCUUAGCUGGAGAUCAGGGUAGUAACCAGGCGGCUGCACCGGGGACUGGCAGCUCCAGCCCCUGUCCUCAGCCUCGCUCUGCACUGGAUUGUUCUUUUCAUUGGCCCUCUGCGCGGGUAUUAUGCUGGCUGCUACCUCGGAUGGUCCUGGAGGCUGGAUGGGCAGUGCGGGGGCUCCUCGGAGCGCCUAGGGAGGGGCGAAGUCAUAGCAAUAACCACACUAGUGGCCCUAAAGGAGACGCCCGGCUCUGUUGCUCCCCGAGGGAAGCCCCCAGCCCAUCAGCCCCGCGGUGCCCAGGCUGCCCCGUCCAGCCUCUGCUCUGCCACCUCCCGGCGCUGUCCGGCGUCCCGGGGCUGGUCUAUUUCAGCCAGAAGGUUUCUUUCCGGACCUCUGUGCGGAUGACUUUCGUCUGCAGGUGGAAAUUAUAAGUAUUUGCUCUUACUCAAAAUGUACAAAGAAGAAUAAUGGAAGCCCCUGAAUACCUUGAUUUGGAUGAAAUUGACUUCAGUGAUGAUAUAUCUUAUUCAGUCACAUCCCUCAAGACCAUCCCAGAACUGUGCCGAAGAUGUGACUCACAAAAUGAAGACAGAUCAGUUUCUAGCUCUAGCUGGAAUUGUGGCGUCUCAACUCUCAUUACAAACCCACAAAAGCCCACAGGAAUUGCUGAUGUAUACAGUAAGUUCCGCCCAGUGAAGCGGGUUUCUCCACUGAAACAUCAGCCAGAGACUCUGGAGAACAAUGAAAACGAUGACCAGAAGAACCACACAGUGGAGUAUGAGAAAGUGGGUGAGACUGACCCCAGCCCCCAGCCUGAGGAGCUCAGUCCUGAAGAUGGAGUGGAGGGCUUGCCAGGUAAGGGCUCUGAGCCCAGCCCGGCACUGGGCGAACUGGAGCAUUACGACCUUGACAUGGAUGAGAUUCUGGAUGUGCCUUACAUUAAAUCUAGUCAGCAGCUGGCCUCUUUCACCAAGGUGACUUCAGAAAAAAGAAUUGUGGGUUUAUGUACAACCAUCAAUGGCCUUUCUGGUAAAGCCUGCCCUACAGGAAGCACUGAGAACUCCACAUCCAACAUGACUCCCUUUUGUGUGCUUUCUCCUGUGAAAAGUCCUCACUUAAGAAAAGCUUCAGCACUCCUCCGGGACCAGCACAAGCUCUCCACUGAACCAUCUGAGAGCUCACCUCCUCUGAGCAAAUGUGGUUCUGCAUAUGAGCCAGAGAACCAGAGCAAAGACUUCUUAAACAAGGCCUUUAGUGAUCCGCAUAGCAGAAAAACUGAGAAGACCGUGACAGAUUGCCAGCUCAGGGCCUUCCACCUGCAGUCCUCAGCAACAGAUCCGAAACUAGACGAGCAGGUCAGUGGUAUGAACUGGAUCAGUAGCGGCCAAGGCCCAGAAGGAAGGAGUGAGGAUGUGAAAAAAGUAAGAAGCAUACUGAACAUCAUUAAAGAAGGACAGAUAUCUCUCCUGCCACACUUAGCCGCUGACAAUCUAGACAAAAUUCACGAUGAGAAUGGAAACAAUCUGUUGCACAUUGCUGCAUCGCAGGGGCACACAGAAUGUCUGCAGCACCUCACGUCUUUGAUGGGAGAAGAUUGCCUCAGUGAACGAAACACAGAGAAACUGACUCCAGCAGGCCUGGCCAUCAAGAAUGGUCAGUUGGAAUGUGUACGCUGGAUGGUGAGUGAAACAGAAGCCAUUGCAGAGUUGAGUUGUUCCAAGGACUUCCCAAGCCUUAUUCAUUAUGCAGGUUGCUAUGGACAGGAGAAGAUUCUUCUGUGGCUUCUUCAGUUCAUGCAAGAACAAGGCAUCUCACUGGAUGAAGUGGACCAGGAUGGCAACAGCGCUGUUCAUGUUGCCUCACAACAUGGCUACCUGGGAUGCAUACAGACCCUGGUGGAGUAUGGAGCAAAUGUCACCAUGCAGAACCAUGCUGGGGAAAAGCCUUCCCAGAGUGCCGAGUGGCAUGGGCACACCCUGUGUUCCCGGUACCUAGUGGUAGUGGAGACCUGCAUGUCACUGGCCUCACAAGUGGUAAAGUUAACCAAGCAGCUAAAGGAACAGACAGUGGAGCGUGUCACUCUGCAGAACCAACUCCAACAACUUUUAGAAGCCCAGAAGUCAGAGGGCAAAUCACUCCCAUCUUCACCCAGUUCACCAUCCUCACCAGCUUCUAGAAAGUCCCAAUGGAAAGUUCCAGAUGCAGAUGAUGAGGCUACUGCCAAAAACAAACCAGGAGUCCAUGAGGGGAUUCAGGUUCUUGGAAGCUUAUCAGCAUCCAGCCGGGCUAGGACCAAAGGAAAAGAUGAAGAUUCUGAUAAAAUCCUACGCCAGUUAUUGGGGAAAGAAAUCUCAGAGAAUGUCUGCACCCAGGAAAAGCUGUCUUUGGAAUUCCAAGAUGCUCAAGCAUCCUCUAGGAGUUCGAAAAAAAUACCUCUAGAGAAGAGAGAGCUGAAGCUGGCCAGGCUGAGGCAGCUGAUGCAGAGAUCACUAAGUGAGUCAGAUACAGACUCCAACAACUCUGAAGACCCCAAGAACACUCCUGUGAAAAAGGCAGACAGACCCAGGCCACAGCCCAUUGUGGAAACUGUGGAGAACAUGGACAGCGCAGAAAGCUUACACCUAAUGAUAAAGAAACACUCUCUGGCAUCUGGGCGCCGGUUUCCUUUCGGUACCAAGGCCUCCAAAUCCCUGGAUGGGCACAGCCCAUCUCCCACUUCAGAAAGCAGUGAACCAGACUUAGAUCCCCAGGGUCCAGGCUCAGGGAUCACUCCUCCAAACCAGUCUUCUGCAGACCCUACUCAGUCUAGCCCUGACAGCACUGCUGCCCAGAAAGUUGCCACAAGUCCCAAGAGUGCCCUCAAGUCUCCAUCAUCCAAGCGCCGGACAUCCCAGAACUCAAAACUCAGAGUUACCUUUGAGGAGCCAGUGGUACAGAUGGAGCAGACUAGCCUUGAACUAAAUGGAGACAAAGACAAAGACAGGGGCAGGACCCUCCAGCGGACCCCCGCAGGGAGUGAAACAGGGGAACAAAUGAAAAGGCCUUUUGGAACCUUUCGAUCCAUCAUGGAGACUUUAAGUGGCAACCAGAACAAUAAUAAUAACUAUCAGCCCACCAAUCAGCUGAAGACCUCCACCCUGCCCUUAACCUCACUUGGAAGGAAGACAACAGAUGCCAAGGGAAACCCUGUGAGCUCUGCUAGCAAAGGAAAGAAUAAGGCAGAGAUGUACAGCAGCUGCAUCAAUCUUUCCUCUAACUUACUGACUGAAGAGCAUCUGCGUAACUACAUACGAUAUAAUGACAUCAAUAGAAAAAUGAAAUCCUACAGUACAAAGCACAUUGCUGAGCCAGAGUCAAAGGAACUCUUCUUGUGACUCACUCUUGUUAUUAUUAUUCUCCCUGAUGCCCUUUGGACACCAUUGGAAGUUACUGGACUAUUCACUAUGGAAAUAAGACCAUGAGAACACCUCACCAGCAGAGCAGAAUAUCGGGAUGCCUUAAGUUUAUAAGAUGAGACUUGUUAUAAGAUACAUUUUGGGUGAUAUCUGUAUAUAGAACUUGUUUUUUUAAGAUGCAGUUUGAGAACAUGAUUGGACAAAUGUAUGAACUUAAAUAUUUAACAUUUGAUUGAUUCACCCUGCUCAUAGUACAUCCACUAAGCCACUGGCAUGGUUGGUGUUUCAUCCAUUGCAUGAGGAUUUGCUAGUGUUGACUGAACUUUCCUUUCCCUAUAACAUGGGCGACUUUGGCCCAGCUCCUUAGUGAGGCCAGGUCCAUGGUAUUAUUUUAUGUCAAACGUUGUUUGUUCUGUCAUUUCUACUCUUUUUUAUAAAGGAAAUUAAAUACUGUUAACAGCACUAUGAGCUCGGGGCAUCUCCUUUCUAAUAAAUUUGUGAUGUUCUGAUUUCUAAA